AUGAGUAGGCGAUUGUUAUCUCUAACUCAUAAUUGCUUUAGAUAUCAACAGAAAUUCCACGUAUCUUUACUUUCUCCGGUAAAUAAUAGUAUUUGGAAGAGUCAUUUUUACAAUCAAAAGAGAUACUUCAGAAUGAGUGACUUGGAUAACUUACCACCUGUUGAUCCAAAGACAGGUGAGGUUAUUAUUAACCCAUUGAAAGAAGAUGGUACAGAGAAGACACCUAAGGAGAUUGAAAAGGAGAAGAAGAAGGCCGAAAAGCUUUUAAAGUUUGCUGCCAAGCAAGCCAAGAAGAAAGCUGCUAGCAACGCUGGUGGUAACAGUGAAAAGAAGGAGAAGAAGAAGGCUAAGAAGGAAGUUGAGCCAAUUCCAGCAUUUGUUGAUGCCACUGUCCCAGGUGAAAAGAAGAUUUUGGUUUCCUUGGAUGAUCCAGCUUUGAAGGCUUACAACCCAGCUAAUGUUGAGAGUUCAUGGUAUGACUGGUGGGUUAAGAGCGGUGCUUUUGACCCAGAAUUUACUGCUGACGGUAAGGUUAAACCAGAAGGUCUUUUCUGUAUUCCAGCCCCACCACCAAAUGUUACCGGUGCCUUACAUAUUGGGCAUGCUUUGACAAUUGCUAUCCAAGAUUCACUAAUCAGAUAUAACAGAAUGAAAGGUAAGACUGUCCUUUUCUUGCCUGGUUUUGAUCACGCUGGUAUUGCUACACAAUCUGUUGUUGAAAAACAACUUUGGGCUAAGGAGAAGAAGACUAGACAUGAUUUUGGUAGAACUAAGUUUGUUGAGAAAGUUUGGGAAUGGAAAGAAGAAUACCAUCAAAGAAUUAAGAACCAAAUUAAAUUCUUGGGUGCUUCCUACGAUUGGAACCGUGAAGCUUUUACUCUAGAUCCACAACUAUCCAAGUCUGUUGUCGAAGCCUUCGUUAGACUACACGAUGAUGGUACCAUCUACCGUGCUGCUAGAUUAGUUAACUGGUCUGUUAAAUUAAACACUGCUAUCUCUAACUUGGAAGUUGAAAACAAGGACGUCAAGGGUAGAACCCUAUUGUCUGUUCCAAACUAUGAUGAAAAGGUUGAAUUUGGUGUAUUGACCUCUUUUGCUUAUCCAGUUGCUGACUCUGAUGAAAAACUGGUCAUUGCUACCACCAGACCUGAAACCAUAUUUGGUGAUACCGCCAUCGCUGUUCACCCAGACGAUGCUCGUUACAAACAUCUACAUGGUAAAUUUGUUCAGCAUCCCUUCUUGCCAAGAAAGUUACCAAUUAUUUGUGAUAGCGAAGCUGUUGACAUGGAGUUCGGUACUGGUGCCGUUAAGAUUACCCCAGCUCAUGACCAAAACGAUUACAACACUGGUAAACGUCACAACUUGGAAUUCAUCAACAUUUUGACUGAUGAUGGUUUGCUGAACGAAAACUGUGGUCCAGAAUGGCAAGGUAUGAAGAGAUUCGAUGCUAGAAAGAAGGUUAUCGAAGAUAUGAAGAAGCUAAAUCUAUACAUUGGUCAAGAAGACAAUGAAAUGACUAUACCAACAUGUUCCAGAUCCGGUGAUAUCAUCGAACCUUUGUUGAAACCUCAAUGGUGGGUCGCCCAAGGUGAGAUGGCUAAGGAUGCCAUUAAGGCUGUUAAAAAUGGUGAAAUUAAGAUUGCACCAAAAUCAUCUGAAGCUGAAUACUUCCAUUGGUUGGAAAACAUUCAAGACUGGUGUAUUUCCAGACAACUGUGGUGGGGUCACCGUUGUCCUGUCUAUUUUAUUGACAUCGAAGGCCAAGAAAAUGAUAGAAAUGAUGGCAACUACUGGGUUGCUGGUAGAGAUCUUGCCGAAGCUGAAACCAAAGCAAAGGCUAAGUUCCCAGAUGCCAAGUUCACUCUACAUCAAGAUGAAGAUGUGCUAGACACUUGGUUCUCUUCUGGUUUAUGGCCAUUCUCUACUCUAGGCUGGCCAGAUAAGACCAAGGAUAUGGAAGACUUCUACCCAUUCUCCAUGCUAGAAACUGGUUGGGAUAUUCUAUUCUUCUGGGUUACCAGAAUGAUUUUGCUAGGUAUCAAACUGACAGGUUCUGUUCCUUUCAAUGAAGUUUUCUGCCACUCUUUGGUUCGUGAUGCCCAGGGCCGUAAGAUGUCCAAAUCUUUAGGUAACGUUGUCGAUCCACUUGAUGUUAUUACCGGUAUCAAACUUGAAGACUUACACGCUAAGCUAUUAAUGGGUAACUUAGAUCCAAGAGAAGUUGAGAAAGCUAAGCUGGGACAAAAGGAAUCUUAUCCAAACGGUAUUCCUCAAUGUGGUACCGAUGCUAUGAGAUUUGCCCUUUGUGCCUACACCACUGGUGGUCGUGAUAUUAACUUGGACAUUUUGCGUGUUGAAGGUUACAGAAAGUUCUGUAACAAGAUUUAUCAAGCUACUAAGUUUGCUUUGAUGAGACUUGGUGAUGACUACGUUCCACCAGCCAAGGAAGGUUUGUCCGGAAACGAGUCAUUGGUCGAAAAGUGGAUCUUACAUAAGUUGACAAAGACUUCUCAAACUGUGAAUGAUGCACUUGAAAAGCGUGACUUCUUGACAUCUACUAGCGCUAUUUACGAAUUCUGGUAUUUGAUUUGUGAUGUUUACAUCGAAAACUCUAAGCACCUAAUUCAAGAAGGUUCCGAUCUCGAAAAGAAGUCAGCAAGAGACACUCUAUACAUUCUAUUGGACAAUGCCUUGAAGUUAAUUCAUCCAUUUAUGCCAUUCAUUUCUGAGGAAAUGUGGCAACGUAUACCUAAGCGCUCUACUGAAACUGUUAACACAAUUGUGAGAGCUUCUUAUCCAGUAUACCAAAAAGUAUACGAUGACGAGAAAUCUGCUGCCAGCUACGAAUUGGUACUUGACAUUACUAAGGAGGCUCGUUCAUUGUUAGCUGAGUACAACAUUUUGAAGGAAGGUAAGGUGUUUGUUGAAUCUGAUCAUACUGAGUCAUUUGAAACUGCUCAAUCCCAAAAGGACUCUAUUGUCUCUUUGAUUAAGGCUAUCAAUGAGGUUGAUGUUGUUCGUUCCGCCUCUGAGAUUCCAGAAGGCUGUGUUUUGAAGGCUGUGAACCCACAAGUAAAUGUCCAUCUAUUAGUAAAGGGUCACAUUGAUAUUGAUGCUGAAAUUGCAAAGGUUGAAAAGAAGAUCGAAAAGGCUAGAAAGACUAAGCAAGGUAUUGAACAAAUUAUCAACGGUAAAGAUUACGAUACUAAGGCCAAUGAACAAGCCAAGGAAGCUAACAAGGUCAGAUUAGAGAACUCUAUCGCUGACAUUGAAGGUUUUGAAACUACUAUCGAAAACUUGAAACGUCUAAAGUUGUAG